AUGACUGUCCACAACCUAUACCUAUUUGACUGGAAUGGACUGUGUCUGCAUUACAGUGAGUGGCACCACAAGAGGCAAGUAGGGAUCCCCAAAGAGGAGGAGUACAAGCUGCUAUUCUCUAUCUGUUCGUUUGUCAGCAAGGCGUCCCCGCUAAGCAUGAAGGACGGCUUCCUGGCCUUCCAAACUAGCCUUUACAAACUCCAUUACUAUGGAACGCCCACUGGGAUCAAGGUUGUCAUGAAUACUGACUUAGGCAUGGGACCCAUUCGAGAUGUGCUGCACCACAUCUACAGGGCGCUGUCCGUGGAACUGGUGGUGAAGAAUCCCCUUCGCCUGUUGGGCCAAACUGCAAAGUGA